CGAGCUUCACAAGUGUGCUCCCAGCAUCCGGACGUGCAACUACCGCUUUUCCGUUUUUUUAGUUUUUUACGGAGUCUAGAAUCCGGAAAGGAUAUUUCAAGGAUGGCGAGCACAGCCAGCGUCUUGGCAAGUACGGUAGCCACUGCCGCAGCGGAGACCAUUGAGGAUCUGCGGUUCAGCAUUACGGAUUAUGUGGUUUUCACCAUAAUGCUGAGUGCCUCUGCGGGAAUAGGAGUUUACUUUGGUUUCUUCUCGAAGGCCAAGAACACCACCGAGGAGUAUCUGCAGGGUGGCAAAAAGAUGCCCACUUUUCCGGUGGCCGUUUCCCUAGUCUCGAGCCAGCUUUCCGGAGUAGCCAUGAUGUCCAUUCCGGCGGAUAGUUACGCAUUCGGAUUUAACAUCAUAUUUGUGAUGCUUGCUAUGAUCUUCGCCAUACCCAUCCUAGUCUAUGUAAUUGUUCCUGUUUUUUAUGAAAAUGGAGUUUCCAACUGCUACGAGUACCUUGAAAUGCGAUUCAACAAGCGCACCCGCCAACUGGUGACCAUCACCUUCGUCUUGAACCAAUUCCUGAUGCUGCCCGUUUAUAUGUUCGUCCCUGCACUGGCAUUCUCCCAAGUCACGGGAUACAAUGUUCACCUCAUCAAUACGGUGGCCUGCUCGGUUUGUGUCUUCUAUACGAUGCUGGGCGGGAUUAAGGCCGUCGUUUGGACAGAUGUGGUUCAAGGUGCUGUUAUGCUGAUCUCCGUGAUUUUAGUGGCCAUUCUGGGUACCAUAAACACUGGUGGCUUAGGCACUGUCCUUGAAAAUGCCUCCGCUGGUGGACGUCUUGAUUUCAACUUCUCGCUGGAUCCCCGCCUGCGAAUCACUUUCUGGAGUGGCACUUUCAGUGGCCUGCUUAUGUGGACGGGCAAAGUGGGGUUGGAUCAAUGCUGUGUCCAGAGAAUCGUGUCGCUGCCUUCGUACAACCACGCCAAAAGAUGCCUGGUUAUGGCUGGAAUUGGCUUCCUGCUUAUUAUGACUUUCACCUGCUUUGCGGGCAUCAUCAUGUUUGCCUACUAUUACGGGUGCGAUCCCAUUCAGGCCGGGCUGGUCAGUAAACCCGACAAGCUGAUGCCUUUCUUCAUCCAGGACAUCAUGGGCCAUCUCAUGGGCAUGCCUGGUGUAUUCAUCUCCUGCGUAUUCAGCGCCUCCCUCAGCUCCCUCUCCGCCAAUCUGAACUCAUUCGCCGGAGUGGUGUACUUUGAUUACGUAAAGCCCCACAUCAGGCACACAGACGCCCGGGCAAAUGGCAUCAUGAAGAUGGUGAUCGUGGUGAUGGGUGUCUAUUGCGUUGGCGCCGGAUUAGUGGUGCAGAACUUCAACUCCAUCAUCCAGACCAUGUGGACAAUAACGGGCAUCAAUACGGGAGCUGUUGUCGGAGUAUUCCUGCUCGGAAUGUUUGUGCCGCGCUGCAAUGCCAAGGUAGCGGUAACAGGCAUCGCCUUCAGUGUCCUGACCAUGUUGUGGAUCAUCUUCAACGGACAGCUGAACUUCAAGGAGGGGCUCAUCCGUUACGAUACACUGCCAAAUGGUCUGGACAAGUGCGAAGCCCGUAACUUCCAGGUCAUCUUGCGAGCUAUAAACAACAACCUCACCCAGGUUGUGACCACUCCUGUCCCGUCACUAGAUGCGCCCAAAGCUGUAACCACGGCUUUUAGCAGUGACCGUGAUUUCUCCAUCUACGACAUCUCCUUCUACUGGUACAAAGUGCUGGGUGCCAUUCUGGUAUUUGGCUGGGCCAUUCCCAUGAGCUAUGUGUGGCCCACGAGCAAGGACGAGAAGCAGAACCCCAAACUGUAUUCACCUUUUGUCAGGAACUUACUAAACCAACCGGGUCCGACCCUUGAACUGGAGGAGCUGCCCCUCAAGGCACCUCUGCCCGAAGACGAAAACAAGAAUAAGCCGAACGGCAUAGAGAUCGAUGCCUAAGAAUCAUCACAUUUGUAAAAUACAUUUCAUUAGAAUAGAAUAGACUUAGGAAUAAUCCUUAUAUAGAAAUAAAGAGCUCCAAGAGCCUAUGAGAAUCUAAA